GCCCCAGCUCCAACAACUUGAAGCUAUGCCGAUACGCACUGAAGACUGACCGCUAUCGUCCAUCGAUAGCCUGGAUCGUGACUCGAUGCUGAAGCGAGCCUCGUGGCUUCUCGCUCCCAAAGUCCUGUUAAUGGCAUUGCUCUGAAACCCUGUGGCCUGCCCUUAUCCGCGUGCCCUCACCUUCUCAGCUCAUACGCCUCGUGGGGUGGCCUUUAUAACCCCAGUGACGCACAGACUGCCACCCAGACUCUUUCUUGCUCCCUUGACGCUACUGAGCGCCGAUACCCUCUUAUCACGACCCUCAGCCCAUCGAUACCAGGACGCAUUCGACGAUGUACGAACUCACGAAUCAGACGCGCGAAGUAGACCUCUGCAAUCUCUUCAUGAACAUCAAGCUCGACUCAGAUCACGUUCACGCAAAGCGCGGUACGGCGCGACCUCUGGACGACGUGGUUAUGAGCGACGCGGAGACAGAGCAGUCGGACGCCGACUCGGACUGCUCGGCGCACGGCGCCACCGACAACGCAUGCUCGCAGUCGCCGCCCCUGCAUGGCUGCGCCUUCCUGCAAGUCGUGCAGCAGCAGCUGCAAAACUACGCCACCACAAACGGCGAGUACCUGGAAGCCAUCUUCACGCACCGGCAAAUGUACAUGCUCUCGCCCUCCGCGCACGCUGAAUGCGCUCAUGCGUUCACCGAGCUCGCGGGAGCCCUCGAGCAGCGCGCGUGGCGCGCCGACCGCGAUGCGGACGCGGAGGCUGUCGCGGCAUUCCGCCAUGAAUCCUGGCUCAUGGGUGGUCCCCGUGUGCGUUGAAAGUUGUCUGCCACCUGCGCUGGGUAAGCUUGAAGCAGCCCUCCUCAGCUAUGGGGUGACAGCUCCGCGUCGAGAUCCUUAGCGCCGUUGCGACAGUGUAUCUACUGUAUAGGCAUGUAUAGUAGGCCUGACAUCAGCUGGACUGCUGUCCUAUAAUGAAUAUUCUACUCUCCGUGACUUGCC